AUGAGCGGCAGGCGGCAGUGCCAGGGCGGCCACAACGGCUCCGAGCCCGGCGCCAUGCGGCAGCGCGGCAACGGCACCGGGCGGGCGGCGGAGGAGGGCUGCAGCGGCGUGUCCGUGGCGUUCCCGCUCACCAUGAUGGUCACGGGCAUCGUGGGCAACGCGCUGGCCAUGCUGCUGGUGUCCCGCAGCUACCGCGCCAAGGAGAGCCGGCGCAAGCGGUCCUUCCUGCUGUGCAUCGGCUCCCUGGCGCUCACCGACCUGCUGGGGCAGCUGCUCACCAGCCCCAUCGUCAUCUCCGUGUACCUGUCCAACCGCGCCUGGCACGCCGUCGACCCCUCGGGCCACCUCUGCGCCUUCUUCGGCUUCAGCAUGACCGUGUUCGGCCUCUGCCCGCUCUUCAUCGCCAGCGCCAUGGCCGUGGAGAGGACGCUGGCCAUCCGCGCUCCGCACUGGUACGCCAGCCACAUGAAGACGCGGGUGACCAAGGCAGUGCUGCUCGGCAUCUGGCUGGCUGUGGUCGCCUUCGCCCUCCUGCCCAUCGCCGGCCUGGGCCAGUACACGCUGCAGUGGCCUGGCACAUGGUGCUUCAUCAGCACCGGGGACAGCCAGCUCACCGGCAGCCUCUUCUUCGCCUCCACCUUCGCUGUGCUGGGGCUUCUGUCCCUCGUGGUGACCGUGGUCUGCAACCUGGCCACCAUCGAGGCCUUGGUGUCUCGCUGUCGGACCAAAGUGACCGCGGCACGCUCCAGCAAGCAGUGGGGACGGAUCGCCAUGGAGACACUGAUCCAGCUCCUGGGGAUCAUGUGUGUCCUCUCGGCCUGCUGGUCACCGCUGCUGAUAACAAUGCUGAAGAUGAUCUUCAGCCACACGUCAUUUGAGCACUGCAAGGGAUUCUCCAGUGAAGCCCAAAGCUCAGAACUGCACAAGGAAUGCAAUUUCUUCCUGACCGCCGUGCGUUUGGCUUCCCUCAACCAGAUACUGGAUCCGUGGGUUUACCUGCUACUCCGAAAGAUCCUGCUCCAGAAGUUCUGCCAAGCAGCCAAUGCUGUCUCCAAGUGCUCCAACAACGAGUUCAAGGAGAGGUCCAUCACCUUGACAGAGGAAAUCCGACGGACAGCAGCCUGAAGGAACAGCCUUUUGCAUGGAAGCUGCUUUUGCCAACGAGUCAUUUUAAAUCUUACUGUGAAUUGGGGUGUCUGUAACUCAUCAGCAUCGUGUAAAUAGCUCAAAGUGCAAUUAUGGCGUGGACCUCCAGUGCCAAACAGUUAUUUAUAUAACGUGCUAGGAAUUCACAAAUGCAGGAAGGAAUUGGGUUGGUUUCUGCAUUCUCUUGUUAUUGUUGUUCAGAACUGAGCUGCAGAACAUGGCAAUCUGUCUGCCUGAAAGAGAGUUUUGAGGGAAUUCUCUUGCAUUAAGGUAGAAAAAAAAAGGGUUUUCUAUCUGCGACACUUGGAACAGAUUCAACAGAUUAAAUUACUAACAGGAUCCACUCCUAUAUAUAUUUCAAUGCUAAGAUAAUCUACUUCAGAGAGUCCCUUUUUCCUCCUUUUUUUGUCUGGAGGGACAAGGGGAGAAAAAGGCAAAAUAGAGAGGAAUUGAAGGAAAACAAAACUAGGAGGCUUUAUUUGGGUUUCAGUGGCUUAAAGCUGAAAAGGCUGUGUUGUACCAGUGAUGGUGCAUCAUUUCUGUCAAGAGCUAAGGUAGCAUGGAUUUGUCCUGAUAAAACUCAUUCAGCUUGAAUGCCAAAGUGAGCUCAUUUGCUGAGGAGGGUGAAGCACUGGGACGAACAGCCCGAAUGGGAAUCUGUGAUUGUUUUAUUUUAAUGGGAGCCUGGGAACUGCCCAGGCUUAGCCAGAAUUGCUGUUUGCAAAGCACGCUAUAAACCCACUCUGAGCAGAUGGAGAGAGCGAUAAACAGGUUGCAAGAGACAGUAAAUGUUCUUCUGCCUGUAGAUUAAUGGUGAAGGUUUACAAAGCCAAAAGUGCUGCUUUCAGAUGGGUUGUUUUAUUUGGAAAUGCACGCGCCCAGGGAUAAAAUGAGCAUCACGUGAAUUUUAAGGAAUGGGGUUGCCACUCAAAACAUCCUCAUAACUAACAUGGCCUACAAAGUGGCCAAAAUAGUACCCCAAAUAGUACCAACAAUAGUUUAUUUCUUCUUUCUUACAAGAAACUAAAUCUGAGAGCUGUGGCAGCUUGGAAAUUGUUAAAUGAAGCAGACUGGAAGAGGUGGGUUGGAGUGGGUGCGUUGAUCACAUCUUUCCCCAAGUCACUUUUGGUCUUUGUUAGAAAACUGAGUUCCAAUCCAUUUGUGUCACAUCUGAAGUUCGUAUUUCAAAAAGCACCAUUUUUAUCUUCUUUUCUUCACCCUUUUGUAGAUGACAGCCUCUAAUGUCUCCUCUUUCAUGGACUCUUGGGUGAAAUUAGGUGCCAAUAGCAUAAAAUAUAUCGUAUUGUUUUACACCAUAUACACCAUUUACAACAUAUACUAUGUGCCAUAUAGUGUCGAAUUCAGGGGCCUUACAGGCAAAUGUAAUCCUGCAUCUGGUGGGAAUUUCUUGCACAGAACCUUUGUAUUUACUUCUCUUCCAUUGUUUAUAAAAGUGACUCCUCAGCAGAGAAACUGGCUCUCACUGUUCUUGUUCCGCUACUGCCUCAUCUAAUUCCUCAUCUGCAGAAGUCUGAUUUUCUCUGGGUGGCAUUUCAGUGCGCCCUACAAGCUAAUAACAUCUUACUCUAAUCCAAGAGCCAGCCUAAACCCACAGAGGCACUUGGCAGUGCUGGGGCACGGGUGCACUUGAUGAUCAUAAGGGUCUUUUCCAACCUGGUUGAUUCCGUGAUUCCUUGUCAAGACAUUUCCAAUCAGCAGCAACACUCGCAGAGCAUUCAGCAUAUCUGGGAUCCUGAGAGGGGGAAGUUCAGUGAGGAACAGUGGAUCAACCCCUUCUACAGCUCUUUAGAGGAGCAAGAGGAGAGCUCUGGGUUUCCUGCCCAUGG